AUAAUGGAGAGAAACAGCAAAAACGUUACAGGCUUACAUCAAAAACCUCUCUGAAAGAGAGUAUUCAGUUGCCUGUAUUGCCAUUGGUAGACCAAGAAUCUCCAUCUUACAAAGAAAGAUUUAUUCCUCCUGAGCUUAGCAUCUGGGAUUAUUUCAUUGCAAAGCCUUUUCUUCCAUCGCAAAGUAGAGUGGAAUAUGAUUCAGAAGAGAGUCAGGAAAGUGAUGAAGAUGAAGAAGAUAUUGAUGGAGAUGUAUUUUCAUCAAAUUCACAUAAUCAAGAGCAUUCUAAUUCAAAUUCAUACAGUUGGUCACUGAUGAGAUUGGCAAUGGUUCAGCUGGUACUUCACAAUUUGAAGAUUUUCUACCCUUUGACUGGACAUGAUCUUUCAGAGCUUCCAGUUAGCUCCCCAGUGUGCCAUGCAGUUUUGAAAACACUGCAGCGUUGGGAACAAGUUCUUCUCCGACGCCUUGAGCUAUAUGGGGGUCCACCUCAACAUUAUAUUUCAGUUCAUGGUUCUGAAGAUGCCCUAGCUGCUGGUCCUGCAUUGCUUCGCCAUAAAACUUUACUUGAGCCUACCAACACUCCAUUCAAAUCUAACAGUCAUGUUGCACUAUCUGUGAAGAGGCUUUGGCAGUACUUGGUUAAACAGGAAGAAGUCCAGGAAACCUUUAUCAGAAAUAUUUUUACAAAGAAGCGAUGCCUGAAUGAGAUAGAAACAGAUUUGGGUUACCCAGGAGGCAAGGCAAGAAUAAUCCAUAAAGAGUCUGACAUCAUUACUGCUUUUGCAGUCAAUAAGGCAAAUCGGAACUGCAUUGCAAUAGCAUCAAGUCACGACAUUCAAGAAUUAGAUGUUUCUUCAAUUUUAGCUACACAGAUCUAUACCUGGGUUGACGAUGAUGUGGAAGUAGAAAAUAAAGGGGCUGAUGAUUUCUUAGUUAUACAUGCUCGUGAUGAUCUGGUAAAUGUUCAGGGAACCACUCCUUAUACUCAUAGUAAUCCCGGCACACCUAUCAAUAUGCCUUGGCUUGGUAGUACACAAACUGGCAGGGGUGCAUCUGUGGAAUAUUCCAAUAAAUUUAAUGGAAUCAGAAAGGAAUUGGCAAGAAAAGAGAUGCUCAAGAAGGCUAUGAAUAAUGUCAGAAGAAUGGCUUCUCAUCCAACAUUGCCUUAUUACCUGACAGGUGCUCAAGAUGGUAGUGUAAGAAUGUUUGAAUGGGGUCAUGCCCAGCAAAUCACAUGCUUUCGAUCUGGUGGCAACUCAAGGGUAACUCGAAUGAGAUUCAAUUACCAAGGAAAUAAGUUUGGAAUUGUUGAUGCUGAUGGAUAUAUAAGUUUAUAUCAAACAAAUUGGAAAUGUUGCCCACUUACUGGAACUUCACCUAAACCAUAUUUGACUUGGCAGUGUCAUAACAAAACAGCCAAUGACUUUGUUUUCAUCAGUUCAUCAUCUUUGAUAGCCACAGCAGGAUUGUCUUCUGACAAUAGAAACAUUUGUCUUUGGGAUACUUUAGUUUCACCUACAAAUAGCUUGGUGCAUGCUUUUAUCUGUCAUGAUAGUGGAGCAACUGUGCUAGCAUAUGCUUCAAAACAUCAGCUGUUAAUAUCUGGAGGCAGAAAAGGCUUUACAUGUAUAAUUGAUCUUCGCCAAAAACAGCAGCAGCAGUUACUCCAGAGUCACGAUUCUCCAGUCAAAGCAAUUGCAGUUGAUCCUAUGGAAGAGUAUUUUGUCACAGGAUCUGCUGAAGGCAACGUAAAGGUAUGGAGUCUGUCUACGUUUAAUCUUCUUCACACUUUCAUCAAUGAGCAUGCUCGACAGUCUCUCUUCAGAAAUAUUGGGACAGGAGUCAUGCAAAUUGAGACAGGACCAGCAAAUCACAUAUUCUCCUGUGGUGCGGAUGGAACAGUAAAGAUGAGAAUCUUGCCUGAUAGAUUCAGCCCUUUAAAUGAUGUGUUAAAAAAUGAUGUGAAAUUUAUGAGCUAAUAUUUUUCUCAGAACAGUGUAUAACAUUCCCCUUCUGUCAUGCCUGAAAAUAUUUUUCUUGAAACUAGCCAACAAAGUAGAUACACAAUAAUAGCUUGUGCCACAAUUAUGCUUGUUUGUUUGGUUUUGCUCCCCUAUUUAUUACCUGGAGCUUUCAGUCCUUCAGAUUUUGAUGAUUGCCUAAAAUA